CUAAAAGAAAGGUGCAAUCGGUAAGAGAGGGUCCAGGACAACGGACAGAUUCGUCAGUUAAAUGUUUAGUCCCAGCUUUGCUGGAUGUUAAUCCUCCGAGCAACAGCUCGUUGGCAGUAGCCCAACAACGUGCAAAACUUAAACUAUUAUAGUUUCAUCCUACAUGCAAUACCGGCUUGAAACCCACUUCGAAAUCAUCGCACAGUCGCUGAUCGCCUAACUCGCUAUAUACCAACUCAGCAAUGCGUCGUACCUGCUUCCUCCUUCUCGUGGCCACGCUCGUCGGGAUCAGCAGUGGAUUGAGUAGCGCGGAUAAUGCCGCCUCGGUCAAGGUUAUUGCUUCUAAGUCUGACUCAAGAUAUCUCGACUCUGGCAACAGGGUUGGCCAUCAGAACAAAGAGGGUAACGAAGAGAGGAUUGCUGCUGUGCUAGCUGCGCACGUGGCUGCUCGCAAUGCUAGACUCAGACGACAGCAGACUUCAGAAGCAAUCGUGGAAGCUGUGAAGAAGGACCCUUUGACGCGGAAGGAGUUUAUUGCGGUUCUAGCUGCGUCCGGCGUUGGGCUAGCCGCACUGGGUGGCAUUUUGUACGCUGUGUCUUCACAAUUCAAAAAAAUGAUUUCGCAUGAGUAGCAAAGAAGCUGCGUGGCUGGGCAUUGAAAUCUACUGUAGUGUAAGAAGGGAUACAUCUCGUGCGCUCCAUUAAAAUGUUUUAAUUCAGCAACACUUGGCCCCGAUAGCCUGAUUUCGGAUAACGACACUUGCUCAACAUAAAUUUCAUGCGUGACACGUA